UCUCAGAAGGUUGAAAUGAGUCCCGGGAACUCAACAGUGCCAGCUGAAUUCAUUCUGACAGGAAUCACGCACAGGCCAGAUCUGCAGCUUCCUCUUUUGGGUGUCUUCCUAGUCAUCUACGGAGUCUCUGUGAUAGGCAACCUGAUCAUGAUCAUUCUGACCAAGUUGGAUUCUCGCCUUCACACACCUAUGUAUUAUUUUAUCAGACACCUGGCUUUCAUUGAUCUUGGCAACUGUACUGUCAUUUACCCAAAGAUGAUGGUGAAUCUUGUAUUGGAUCAAAAUGUCAUUUCUUAUUAUGCUUGUGCCAUACAGAUGGCUUUCUACAUCACUUUCAUUAUCAGUGAACUUUUUGUCUUAUCUGCAAUGGCCUAUGACCGCUAUGUGGCCAUCUGCAACCCUUUGCUCUACAGUGCCAUCAUGUCUCAGAGACGUUGUCAUGUGCUGGUGGGCAUCCCAUAUCUCUACAGUAUCUUCCAGGCUGUGCUAAUAACUAGCAAGAUUUUUACAUUGACUUUCUGUGGUUCUAAUGUCAUUAGCCAUUUUUACUGUGACAAUGUCCCCAUGUUACUUUUACUGUGUUCAAAUGCACGGGAUAUAGAAUUGGUGAUCAUAUUAUUUUCGGCAAUUAAUUUGAUCUCCUCCCUCUUUGUAGUCUUAGCAUCUUACCUUCUGAUUCUGUUAGCCAUAUAUGGAAUGCAUUAUGCAGAAGGCAGGAAAAAGGCCUUCUCCACUUGCGGGUCUCAUCUGACAGUGGUGGUGGUAUUUUAUGGGACUCUACUCUUCAUGUACUUACAGCCCAAAUCCACCCACUCAUUUGAAACUGAUAAAAUAACAUCUGUAUUUUACACUUUAGUGAUUCCCAUGCUGAAUCCCUUGAUCUACAGCUUUAGAAACAAAGAAGUGAAAAAUGCUUUUCUAAGAGUGUUUACGGACCAAUGUAAAGUUUGUACUUAA